AUGGCCUGGCCUGGUCCUAGCGAUGCUAGUGAUUGUCAAGUGCAUAAUGGUACUACGAAAGCUUUUGGCGCGACUGUGAUGAAUGGUCACAUUAAAAAGCUCAAGACUGCUGAAAGAAUAAAGGUUUUUCGGCAGUGGAUGGCAGAUGUUGACGAAGAUGAGAAGAAAAUGUUUAUUAGAGAGCUUUUGGUAAGUAAUUGUUUGAGUGCAGAUAACACGUAA